AUGAUGACUCCAACCGAACUUAUUACGCAUUACCGUAUAGUGCAGCACUCUUUUGCACCGCUGCGGCUGUCGUGGUGGGAAACCAACCGAGUGAUUGCUGUGCAGAUAUGGAGAGACUCUUCGUUUUUCACCAGAAUUCUAAUUGCAUUUAUUGGACUUUGCCUGUUGUCCAUAUUCUCCCGGCUGACCCGACCGCGCUCUCUGCGGCGGCUUGGAAUUCCCGGCGCAGUCCAACCUAGAUUUAGCACCUGGAGCCUGGACUUCAAAAAGGUGCUGGAAGACAGUGCUAAAAAGUAUCCAAACAGCCCGUUUUGCCUCAACGCGUUCGGCACCGAAUACGCAGUCCUGCCGUCAAAGUGCUAUGACGAGGUCAAACGCCUUCCAGAGCAUCAGGCAUCUGCCUUUGCCUUUUUCAGGGAAGCUUUUCAUGGCGCGUGGACUGGCGCUGGAGUGCAAACGCCAGAAUUGGGCAGAACAAUUGCCGUGGAGCUGACUCGCGGUAUUCCAUCCCUCGUACAUUGGAGACAAAUGGACUGCGCAGAAGCCUUCAAGAUGUGCAUAGGAGAACCUUCAGAGUGGCGCGAGAUUCAACUCUUUGAGGCAAUCCAGAGAAUUGUAAUAUCCGUCAAUUCCAGCUCUUUUGUCGGCAGGGAACUUGGCACAAAUCAAAAUUGGCUUCGUCUCAUCUACAACAUGCCGUUGCAGCUCGGUAUUCCCACCGUCAUCCUGGGUUGGACCCCAUUCCUCCUGCAACCACUUCUCAAGCCCUUCCUUUUUGCUCCACUCAGGAUGACGCAAAGAAAAAUCAAGAGCAUGCUGAGGCCAGUCCUCGAGAACGAUGUGCAAGAGUACGAGGCCAGCAGCGACAAGAAGAACCUGCUCAGUCCCAAAGAGCAAGGCAAGGUGCAGCUUACUGGCUGGCUGCUCUCGCGCUACAAGGGCAAGCUGGACUUUGAAGUUCUCCUUCAGGACUUUAUCACCGUCUUGUUCGAAUCUACCCCCUCGACGGCCUCGACCCUCUUUCAUGUUGUGUGCGAACUGGCUGCAGAUCCGGCGCUUCAGGACAUGUUGCGACAAGAAUUAGAAGAGCAUACGGAUAAUGGCAGCUUACCCCAGACUCACCUCAAUGAGCUACGCAAGAUGGACAGCGUCAUGCGGGAGUCUGCUCGUGCCAGCCCGUUCAGCUACUUGGUGCUCUACCGCAAGCUCUCAAUCCCCACCAAGCUCUCCAUGGGCCCGGAGCUGCCAGCCGGCACAAACAUUUGCGUCGACGCUCACCACAUCAACACUUCGCCAGACCUGUGGGACCAACCGCACACGUUUGACGGGCUGAGGCACUACAGGGCGCGCCAGCAGCCGCAAAACGAGAACCGCUACAAGUUUGCCAAUCUGGGAUCGGACGCUCCCAGCUGGGGCGACGGACUCCAGGCGUGUCCCGGGCGCAUGUUUGCCGACAACACCAUCAAGAUCAUCCUGACGCAUCUGCUGCUCAACUACGACGUGAAGCUGAGGCCUGGGGAGUCCAAGCCCGAAAAGGGGGCCAUGCCCAACGGGUCCAUCGUCCCUGACGUGUGGGCAAAGGUUCUUUUCCGGUCGAGAGCAAGUUCUGCCGUGAACGAGGGGAAGAAAUAG